CCCGCUUUAAUCCGUUCUAAUCCAGGUAGGCCUAUAUAAUGCUAAAGCGAUGUGGGGGAAAUCGACAGAAUGGCGUUCUGGUCUGUUGGACGACAUCCAGGGGGAACGGAGGACGUCUGUGCGCCCGCAAAAACGCGGAGGUGGGUCUGCAGCACGGGAGCAGAGCUGCGCAGCUGCAGUUGCGGUGGCAGGAGGUAACGGAACGGGAGCGCAGGGCCUGGGCGCGCAACCGGCGGCUGCUGCAGGACUUCCAGAGGGCCCAGGACACGCUCAGGGACCUGGCCGCCCGCACCGCCGCCAUGGCAACCAUCCGAAUGGAGUAUGAGAGACAGCUGGAACAGCGAUUCCCUCAAUGGCAGCAGAGGUUUGAAGAGAAGAGGAUUGCAGCUCAGCAGAACGAGCAGGUGGCGCUGCAGUUGAAGGAAGCCCUGAGGGCGGUGAAGGAAAAGGGAAAAGAGGAAGCUCACAGCAGGACCACCAAAGGAGUUAAUGCUCCCCUGUCAUCCCCAGGCCCCUCCCUCCUCCCCAAUUCACCUAUCCUACCUCACAGGUUAAUCACGCCAAAGAAUGGAGAGACUCACCUUCACUCGUCUCAGGAAAAGAGCAAGGUGGUAAAAGAAAACUCUGCUGAGAAUGACCCGUACACCCCAUGGAACGUCUCGGUUCAGUCCUCCUGGAUGACAGGAGGACAUUCCAGAACAGGUGUUUCUCAAGCCAGUAAUGAUCAGAAUCUCCAUCCCCAUUCUGAUCUAAGAGGGUUCCAGGACCUCGUCAGAGCUGGGUAUCCUUUUCAGCACCCCCUAAACCCCCUGGUCAGCCAACCCGUUGAUGCCUCCUGGCUCCUCCCCCAGGAGCAGCCCCAUAGAGAACUCAUCAUGGGGUACCCACCUGGCUGGCCAGGCCUGUGCAACGUUCCCAGGUUUCACUCUCCAUACUCCCAGGUUCCUUGGCCUGGGUACCCCAUUGUGGUUUGCAGAGAUUGGGGCAUGGCAGUUCCCCAUGGGCCUGAUGACAGGGUAGACUCUACAAGGAGAGAGAGGGUGAGAAGUGAGGGGCCAGAGUCCACCAAGGACAGCAGCCAGGGUGAGCAGGGAUGCAAAAGACAGAUGAGGACCAGCAAUCAGUCCUAUGAGCUGGACAUCAAACCAGUCCGUCUGUCCAGCACACAGGGUGACAGCAGUGAGGACGGCUCCAUCAGCAGUGAGGCUGCAAAAGUGGACACUGCUCAGGUGUUGAGGAGGAGGGAGAAAAAAGGAAGAAUGCGACAAAGUGGAAUGAACAGAGGGGAAGCAGCUUCACGGAGGUCUUCAGCUGGGUCCAGUGUGAGCUCACUCACAGGAAGAGGUGUAGUAAGGGCUACAGAUUCAAGAGCAACCUUUGAAGCUAGGAGCCAGAGGAGUGGUAUGCCUUUAGCCACAUCACCAUCUACUGGAGAGGAGGAGAGUCAUACUCAGGAGGAGGCCUCAGGAAGUGCAGGAGCCAAGGCAGAGGGAGGGGUCAACCAGGCCACUGAGACUGAGCAGGAGACUGAGGACAGCAGCCAGAGAGAUGGAGCAAUAACAGAUGAGAUAGAUGGAGAUGAAGAGGUGGUGGAAAAGACAGUAGCAGAAAAGGAGAUAGAAGGAAGGGAACAGGAAAUGACUGAGAAGGGUAAUGUGGAACAGGAUGUUCAUAAAGGAGAAGAGGAGAGUGGGGAUGAGGGUACAGUUGAGGGAGAAGCAUCAUCAUGUUCAGAGGUUGUAGAGGCCGAGAGAAUGGGAGGACUCCUGGAGCAUGCUGAGGAGGAGGUGAAGGUGGGAAAGAAGCUGAAGUUAUCAGUCAAGGAGGUUGAGGAGGAGGAUCCAUGCUCUGAAAGCAAUGGGUUCAGUGAAGAAGAGGAGGACACAGAGGGGGAGGUAGAGGUGGAGGAGAGGGUUGAGGAGAAUGGUAGUUCUCUGGGACAGGAGGUGGAGGAAGAGGAGGAGGAGGAAGAAGAAGAAGAAGGUGAACAUGAAGGCUUUGGCCAGGAGGAAAAUGGGGAAGAUGAAGGGGACAGCUCUAGCAGUUUGGAGGAGGGAGAAACUGAUGAAGGGGAAGAGAAAGGAAAUGAUUCAGUUGAAGAGGAUGAAGAGGAUGAUGAAGAUGAUGAAGGAGUGGAAGGAACUGGAGAAGCAGAAGCAGCAGCAGCAGACAACGAGGAAGAGGAAAGCCAGGGAACAACAGACUCUGAAGAUGAAAUCAUAACUUCACAGCUGGACAAAAGGAACAACAUGACCAGAAAAACAGCUACUGGAACGAGCUGUAAAACCAGAGCUGGUGGGAACAUUGAGGAUAUUGAGGAGGAAGAUGAAGAUGUGGAACAGAUUGCUGAAGAUGAGACUCAUGAAAAUGAAUCUGAUGGUGACAAGAAAUUAAAUGAUGAUUAUGAAGAUGAUGAGGAUGGGGAAGAUAUAGAAGGUCUUCUAGCUCCCAGGAGAGACUCAUCAAACCAUCAGGUUUGUGUUGUUAAGGGAAAGGAGAGUCCAGACCCUACCCCUCCCCUGGAUAGGGAGCCCAAGGACAAGAUCACCUCCCCACAGAGGGUGAAGGGAUUAAAAAUAACAGUGAAAUCUACGAGUAAAGCCUUGUGGAAAGACUCAGACAGUGACUUGGAAGACAACAAGCCAGGCAAAACUGACCUGACCAUGCCUGUGAAAGAUGUCCUGGAGGACUUUGAUGAAUUCUAUGACUGAGAGAGAAAAGACAAGCCACCAACACCAUAAAAGACCUGGCAAGAAGGGAAGAAAUAUGACUUAACACUGAACCUGAAAUAAUUUCCCAACCUUUGCACCAUAUUGAGAUUGAUAUUAUUUAUUAUUCGCAGUGUAUGUAUAUGUAUAUUUGUAAAUAGAAUAUCAAUGCUUCCCUGUGAAAAAUAAACAAAAUGUGUUUAAAAA